AUGACCAACAACGGCUCAGUUCUCAUCACCGGCUGCAGCGACGACGGCAUCGGUUACGGUCUAGCAGUUACCUUCCAGCGGCGUGGAUACCAUGUCUUUGCCACUGCUCGCAAUGCCGAUAAGAUGUCCAAAUUGCAGGGUCUUGACAAUGUGACUCUGCUCACCCUCGACGUCACCAAUCAAGCCCAGAUAGCUGCCGCAGUACAAGCUGUUCGCCAGCGCACAAACGGCACACUGGAUUAUCUGAUCAAUAACGCCGGCCGCAACCAUUUCAUGCCUAUUCUUGAUGAGAAUCUAGAUGUCGCAAGGGACAUAUUCGAAAUUAAUGUCUGGGGCCCGGUGGCUGUGACCCAGGCUUUUGCGCCGAUGCUGAGACAGGCUAAAGGGACGGUGGUCUUUAUUUCUUCAAUCUCGGGCUAUAUUAAUGUUCCAUAUAUGGGCACGUACGCCGCAUCUAAACGCUCUCUUGAACUCAUCGCGGAGACUCUCCGUCUUGAAUUGGCACCAUUUGAUGUCAAGGUUCUCUCUGUCGUUACAGGCGCGGUUCGAACGAUGGGACAGACAUAUUUUGGAGAUUUCAAGCUCCCGGAAGAUUCUUUAUACAAGUCUAUUGAAGAUGCUGUUGCUGUUAGGGCUCGUGGUCAGGAUGGGAAAGAAAGAAUGAAUUUAAUGGUGUAUUCGAAUGAGGUGGUAUCCAGAAUUGUUCAAGGUGAGACAGGCAAGUUUUGGUUCGGAGAACGUGCCGAGUCAAUCAAAUAUGCAGUCAGUCAUGUUGAGAGUUCGGUCAUGGAUGGCGCUUUUAUCCAGGAUAGCUCUCUUGACAAGCUCAAGUAG